AUGCACUGCACUGUUAUGGAAGCCAGAUUUACAAAAUAUCUUGAUGAGAAGAACAUCAACCACUGUAUUCACAGGCAAAGAAACAAGCGCAUCUACUUCCACUUGUCAGAACUUUUCUCCCUAAAGGACCUAUUUCAAGCUAAGGUUUACCUUGGCCACAAAAGAGGCUGCAGAUCUAGGUUAAUGGAGCCUUACCUGUUCGGUUGUCGGCUGGAGCAGGACAUUAUUGACCGAGAUAAAACAAUGAAGCACCUGCAGCAAGCACUCAACUUCACUGCCCACGUGGCGUACCGAGGCGGGGUGAUCCUAUUUGUCAGCUGGCGCAGGCAGUUCAGCCACCUGAUAGAGAAUACUGCCCAGGAAUGUGGGGAGUACGCCCAUAAGCGCUUCUGGCAAGGUGGCCUGCUUACCAACACGCAUGUUCAGUACGGCCCAGGCGUCCGUCUCCCUGACCUCAUGAUCUUCCUCAACACCCUCAAUCAUGUAUUCCAGCAGCACGUGGCCAUCCGAGAUGCUGCAAAGAUGAACAUCCCCACGGUGGGUGUGCUGGACUCGGACUGCAACCCCAGCCUGGUUACUUACCCCGUCCCCGGCAACGACGACACGCUCUCCUCUGUGGAGCUCUACUGCAAGCUGUUCGAGAUGACCAUUAACCGUGCCAAGGAGAAAAGGAAGCAGAUGGAGUUGUUGCAUGGGGUCACCAGACCUGGCUCACGAGAACAUGGGGCUCCUAUGAAGACUCAUUCGGUCACCCCUCACUCACUCCCCUCCCCCUCCCCCUCCCCCCAUUUGUUUUUCUUGUACUGA